ACCCUUCUAGAAUGGGUUUAUUAAGAAGCUACAUACGUCCAUGGACAAUCAAUGACAUACUUGUUGUACCAGCUGACUGAACCCCACCAUUUCAUUCGUUAGGGCCUACACGCAGAGAGUGAAUGAGCGCGAGCCCCUCAGCUCUGCACUUACGUCUCCAUGGCAACAGCUUCUAGUGUUGAUCAUCCCAAGAUGGCGGACGAGGAGAAAACCACGUCGCUCCCAGUUGCUACUGAGGCCAAGAAACGUCGGGCACCUAAAGCUCCAGAGCUUCCCAUUGUGGAGAGAAGAAACUGGCUCAUCCAUCAGCACUACAUCCGCAAAGACUAUGAUACCUGUAAGGCAAUCAUCAAAGAGCAACUGCAGGAGACCAGUGGAAUGUGUGAAUAUGCCAUCUAUGUUCAAGCGCUAAUCUUGCGUCUUGAGGGCAAGAUCCAAGAGUCCCUGGAGCUGUUCCAGAGCUGUGCCAUCCUUAAUCCCAGCAGCGCUGACAAUCUCAAACAAGUGGCCAGAUCACUAUUCCUCCUGGGAAAGCACAAAGCCGCUAUUGAGUUCUAUCAUGAAGCUGCAAGGCUCAACGAGAAAGACUGGGAGAUCAGCCAUAAUCUGGGCUUGUGCUAUUUCUUCAUCAAAGACUUCAAGAGUGCUGAAGAGCAUCUGAACGUAGCUCUCCAGAUAAAUAAACAUGAUAAAACUUUCAUGAUGCUUGGGAAGGUUCAUUUACUGGCUGGAGACACUGACAAGGCCAUCGAAGUGUACAAGAGAGCAGUGGAAUUCUCUCCAGAGAAUACUGAACUCCUGACAACUCUUGGUCUGCUGUUUUUACACCUUGGGAAAUACCAAAAAGCUUUUGAGCACCUUGGAAAUGCCCUUACUUUUGACCCCAACAAUUACAAGGCCAUCCUGGCCGCAGGCAGCAUGAUGCAGACCCACGGUGACUUUGAUGUGGCCAUGAACAAGUACAGAGUGGCAGCCUGCGCUGUGCCUGAGAGCCCCCCUCUGUGGAACAACAUUGGCAUGUGCUUCUUUGGGAAAAAGAAAUAUGUAGCUUCGAUCAGCUGUCUGAAACGGGCCCACUACCUGUCUCCUUUUGACUGGAAAGUGUUGUACAACCUGGGUCUGGUACACCUGACCAUGCAGCAGUAUGCAUCUGCCUUCCACUUCCUCAGCGCAGCCAUCAACCUGAACCCACGAAUGGGGGAACUCUACAUGUUGCUGGCAGUGGCCCUGACCAACUUGGAGGAUAUAGAGAAUGCCACCAGAGCAUAUGAACAAGCCGUCACAAUGGAUGAAGCCAAUCCUCUGGUCAACCUGAACUUUGCCAUCUUCCUCUACAAUCACGGUGAAAAGAAGGGAGCUCUGGCUCAGUAUCAGGAGAUGGAGAGGAAAGUCAACCUACUUCGAGACAGCAGUAACAACUUUGAAUUUGAUUCUGAGCUAAUGGAUAUGGCACAGAAGAUGGGAGCUGCGCUGCAGGUGACAGAGGCUCUGGUGUGGACUAAACCAGACAAGGACUCAAAAACAAAAUCAAACUCGGCAGCAGCCACCAAAACCCCUGGUGCUCCCCUCGGUACCAACCAAGCUCUGGGCCAAGCCAUGUCCUCUGCUGCGAGCUACAGCAAGAACAUUCAGCUACCAACAGGAGUUUCCAAAAGCCCCUCCAUGCCCCUUGAGCCAGAACCUGACGUGGAUAAAGCCCCCAGCCCACCCACAGAUCCUCCAGGCUCGCCAGAACCCGUGGAGUCAACCAAAUCCAAAACCUCCAAGAGAAGAUCCAAGGUGGAGGCAUGAAUUAGCUUGGUGACUUCAUUCAUGGAGAUCACUCUCAUGUUAUGGAGGUAACAUAAGAUUCCUGAACAGCAACCCGGCUAUUUGUGGUUUUCUAUCUCAUUGUAGUGAGACACAAAGACUUGAGCUAUAGUCUUCUGGUUUGGGUUCGUGGUGCACAGAUGUUUUGUGUCCCACAUAGUAAUUUACUUUGCUCUGAAAAGGGCAAGGAAAUGAAAUGAAAUGUGCACUUUGAAUGUCAGUACAACACCAAAAUUCUGAGAUGAUCAAGCAUUUUUAUAUAUAGAUGUGUCAGGUUUGGUGCAGAUGUCAAAACCAGUUCCAGUUAAUGUUGCAGCUUAACAAUCUCCAGUCAACAAAAUGGUCAUGUGGGCAUUUGUGCAGUUGCAGGUGUUAAUACUUGGAUGAGAUUAGCAAUAAGGAAAAGUGAUGACAUUUAUAGGGAAGGCGUCCGUCCUUUGCUGUUGAGCGUCCCCGCGGCUUAAUAAAUGUGAAGGAACUGCUCCGACAAUCACAGCUGAAAUCUGAGCACAGAAAGGGAUGUUUGUGAAUAGUGUACCGGCUGUUGCUUGCUUGUACGAUAGGGCUCUAUUUGAAUGUGGAGUGUAAAUAGUGAUGCCCACUUUUAUAUGUGGAUAAUUAUCAUUUAUAGAGAGUGAUGUAUUUAAUACAAAAACCAGAGAGUUUAAAUAAAACAGCUGCCUCGCCUCUUCUCUGAAGUCCA